GGAGUAGGUUAGCUCUGAGCCCAGGAGGGCACCUGGAGGCUUAUUCUGGGUAAAUGGUUGGUCUUCUUGAACCUCAAGAGACCUUACUUCUCAGAUCCCCUUUGCCAACGGGAACACCCUCCGACAUGACCCAGAUGCUGUUGCUCAUCUUUAUCAUGGUCCAUCCAGGGAGGUGUUUCUCCGGGUCUUCUCUCUGCCUGCCAGGAUCCUGUGCUCUCUGGGUGUUCCAGCCCCCUGAGAUUCAUACCCAGGAGGGCAACGCUGCCUUCUUGCCCUGCUCCUUCAAUGCCAGCCGAGGGAAGUUGGCCAUUGGCUCUGUCAUGUGGUACCGGGACAAGGUGGCCCCAGGGAAGGAAGUGAGGAAUGGGACCCCGGAGUUUAGGGGCCGCCUGGCCCCUCUUUCCCCUUCCCGUUUCCUCUGUGACCAUCAGGCCGAGCUGCACAUCUGGGAUACCCAAGACUGUGACUCUGGAAUCUACGUGUGCAGAGUGGAGGUGCUGGGCCUAGGUGUUGGGACAGGGAAUGGGACUCUGCUGGUGGUAGAGAAAGGACGUCCUCCGCUAGGGGCCAGCACCAUCCUCCUCCUUCGGGCUGGAUUCUAUGCCUUCAGCUUUAUCUGUGUGGCCAUGGGCAGCACCAUCUAUUACCAAGGCAAAUGCCACCGUCACUGAGAACACGCUGCCACUUCAUAGAUGCCUCUGAUGAGUGAUUCCAGACCCCAGGCAUCCAAUUCUCUUCAAGAGACCCCAAUAAAUUCUCAGCCCUGUCGCUACCUUC